AUGUGCACCAUUAUUGCGCAUGCGUAAAUUGCAUCAUAUUUUACGACGCUGCUCGAUUUGCAACUCUCGUAUGUAUUAUUUCACGACUUUAUGUCAGUUUCAUGUUCUUUGCGGAUCAGGUGGAGCUGGAGUUUCAGUAUAGUGAGGUCAUUCAUACUAUGUUUCGCCAUUGUUUUCAAAAUACGUGAAGGUUUUAUUAGUUUAAUUUAGUUAACCAAUGGCACGGUGUGUUACGUUAAAACUCAGCGCCGAAAUAUAUGUCAGAGGAGGACAAUAGGUUUCCCAUAAUGGAAGACCACGAUAAGAUUAAACUUUUGAUCCCAGGAUGGAAAUUUUAUAGGAAAUUCUAGCAAGGCACCAAAGAACGAAGUGUAGAAGAUUGCUCCACAGCUGAAGAAGGCUUAGUCAAUGAAAGAGAUCUUCUAGAGGACCACCUCAGAAAUAUGUUUGAGGGGCUUGUCCACAUUGCUACAUUCAUUUAAAAAUUCAGACAUAAGUUUCCAUUGUCAGCUUUUGUCCAUUCUACCUUUAAGUUUUCAGCCCCCAAAAUCGGAGCCCCCUUCAGAGCCAUAUACUUCUGAAAACUAUGUUUUAGCUUUGCAGUGUGGAUGAAUGACUUUUGAAAAGCACAGACUCUAAAAGCACCCUAAUUGGUCCGUACUUAUCACAUGGCCCUUCCUUGAUUUGAUCCCACGAGUUACACCCUGAUUGGUUACCUGGUUACCCUACACAGAAGUAUACAGUAUUCCAACAUGGCAGAUAUGGAGGAGCUGCUUCCAGUGGCACUUUCCCUGUUAUUGACCUGUAUACAGCUAAAUAGCAUGUUACACAUUGUGAGUGCUGCAUAUUUGCGCAAAAAGAAACUAAUUUACCGAUCACUGUUGUUCAGCAAAGAAACUCGUUACCGGCAGCGUCACAAUCCCUUCAAGGAGCGCCAGUUUUGGGUAAAACCAGGACGGAGCAGUGCUUGGUGGGACAAUUUUGUAAAUGAAUCUGUGGUUCCUGAAGAAUGGCAAGAAAAUUUUAGAAUGUCUCGAACAGCUUUGCUCAUUCUCAGUGAAAAACUGCGUCCUAAUAUCGAAGGAAAGAAAACGCAAAUGAGAUCGCCUGUGGACGUAGUCAAAAAGGUCGCUUGUACCCUGUACUAUUUGGCUGAUGAAGGACAGCUCCGGGAAACUGCCAACGCAUUUGGGUUGUCUCGGCAAGUUGUUUCGAAAAUUGUUAGACAGGUCUGCAAGGCAAUUACCCUUUCCUUGGGUCCUGAUUACAUCAAAACACCGAGAACGGAGGCAGAAGUUAAGGAUGCUGCUGCCAACUUUUACAGAUGUCAUGGAAUGCCACAGUGCUUAGGAGCAAUAGACUGCACACACAUUGAAAUCAAACAACCGUCGGCCAAAUCCACAGACUACAUGAACCAAAAGGGUAGGCAUUCAUUGAAUGUGCAAGCACUGUGUGAUUACAAGUACUGUUUCAUGGACGUCGUUGUGAAAUGGCCCGGUAGUGUUCAAGACGCUCGAAUAUUUUUGAAUUCAAAAUUAAGUGAAGAUUUAAAGGAUGGAAGCAUUCCCUCUUGCUCAACAGAACUGGUGGAGGGUGAAGAGGCUGUUCCCAUUUUUCUUUUGGGUGAUGCAGCAUAUCCCCUGUUUCCAUACCUCAUGAAAGACUACCCAAAUGGCGGUGCUACCCCACAGGAGCAAUCUUUUGGUCAGUCCCUUUGUGGGGCUCGCAUGGUGAUUGAAUGUGCGUUUGGGCAUUUGAAGGCACGGUUUUCAGUACUGAGGAGACCGAUGGAUAUAAAUAUGCAGGACCUUCCAUUCGUUAUUUAUGCUUGUUUUGUUUUGCACAACUACUGUGAAACUCAAAAAGAAAUGAUACCUGAACAAGACAUAAGUGCAGCUAUUAAAUAUGACAGACAUAUCCAGCCACCCACUAAGUGGGAUAAUAUUAGGAAGGACUGCCAUGAAACUGAGGGGAAGAGAGUGAGACGUGUGUUAACCACAUUUCUUAACCCAUGAUGUUUCACAUCUAAACCACUGUCUGCUUUUGCUGUAAUUUUUGCCGAAAUAAAUAGUUCUAUUCACUAUA